AUGGAUUGUGAAGGACAAGUGACACCGGAAGGGUAUGCGUUGACAAGCACUGUUAGUCAUAAGAGAAGACAACGAGGUUGUACUCGAACUGGUUGCAAGGCUAAACUUGCGAUAUUGAAGGUGAAAGACAAGAAUAAGUACAUUGUUGUAGGAUUCAAUGAGGUACACAACCAUGACAUGACCACAGUUGAUAAAGUUCAUCUAUUGAGAUCUCACCGUAACUUAACAGAGUCUACAAAGGUCUAUAGUGCAGAUAUGAGCAAAGUUAAUAUUCCGGUACAUAAACAGUUAAGCCUUCUUGAGGUGCAAGUAGAGGGAUUGGAAAAUGUUGGGUUUGUUAAGAGAGAUAUCUAUAAUUAUCUAAGGGACGUGUGUGGAGAGAUUCGGAAGGAAGGAUGGGUAAUGUUUUCUGGUCAAAUGCAAGAUCAAGACGAGCUUAUAGGUUUUUUAGGAGAUGUGGUGGUAUUUGGUACGACGUUCAACACGAACCGCUAUGAGAUGGUCUUUGAGCCUUUGUUAGGCGUUAAUAACCAUCGGCAGACAGUGUUGUUUGGUUGUGCAUUCCUAACUAGCGAAACCAAGGAUUCAUUUGUAUGGUUGUUAGAGGAAUUCAAGAAAGCCAUGCUGGGUGAGCCACCCAAAAUGAUCAUCAUUGAUCAAGAUGCAGCCAUGUCAAAGGCAAUUGCUGUAACUCUCCCGACAACAUUCUAUAGAUAUUGCAUAUGGCAUAUCUUGAAUAAGAUUAUAGAGAAACCCGGCAUUGGAGAAUGUUUUUCGAAAAUGUGCAAAUGCAAAUGGGGUAUGGACAAGGAAGAAGAAUUUGAUGCGAAAUGGGAGGAAAUCAUCACAAACAAUGGGCUGCAAGACCAUGCGUGGCUGAGCUCAAUUCAUGCUAUGCGGGAGAAUUGGGUUCCAUCAUAUAGCAAGAUGAGACGCAGUGCAAAUAAAAAAAGUGAGCGGGUAAAUCUGGGGGUGACACAAAUGAAGGAGCUUGUGCAUGAUAAAGAUGUCGAUAAAGCUUAUUGCAGCUGCAAAGGAUUUGAAUUUUGGGGUAUUCCGUGCCGGCACAUCCUAGCAUUCUUAAGAAUGAAGCAGGUUGAAUACUUGCCAAACAAGUACAUAUUGAAACGAUGGCUUCAAAGUGUGAAAAGCGGUGUAAUAUAUGAUAAGAAUCACAAAGAAGUUAAGAAUUGCUUGAUGGUUUUGAGUUGCUGGAAAAAUCUUUUGAGGACAUUCAUGGGAAGCUUACAAGAUCCACAUCGAGUGAAAGUAAAAGGGCGUGCGAAAAGAGUUAAAGGAGAAAAAGAGAAGGCAGCGCAACGACAUAAGCGUCGGUGCACUGAAUGUAGGAAGACUGAUCAUGAUAGACGGAGUUGUCCAAAACUUGUCAGCCCCUCUUCAUCUAUCGACACAGAACUUGGUGGUCCAGUUGGUGAGAAUUUGCAACCCACUCAGAGCACGCAGGACAGUGAACCUACUAUGAUAGAGUCAUUUAUGCGAGAGUUUGAUUUCAUGUAUGGUCCCAGAUCAUCACCUAAACGUCUUGAAGGGAUGUAA